AUGGCUUCUAAGAAGGAUAUGCGACGGGCCGAUCUCAUCAUACCAUAUACCGAGCCAAAAGAUGAAAAGGCUUCCGACUUCAGCUCAACGAUCACCAGCACCAUGCCUAUGGCUGCUAUGUUCACAAGAAACAGGAUGCUUGGAUGGUUCUCACUAAUGACUGCUCUUCUGAACUGGCUGGGAGAAACUCCAGCGCAGAGGUCAAGUCCUAGCGGGACCCCAGGAUACUUGUCUUUUGGCAUGGCACUCCUCGCUGUCGGUGUUACAUACAUGCCUCUGUUUCUCCCACCACCACCGAAUGCAAGGGGCCCAGCUGCAGCACCGCCGGCUGCUUCGACGUAG